AAUAUUGUUGACGCGUCACAUUUCAGAUUGAUCUAUUUCAAUAAGAUUAAUUGAAACAAAUAUAAAAUAAAUUAUUAAAAAAUGAGUAGCGACUGGGAUGAGAUAAAACGCUUAGCCGCCGAUUUCCAAAAGGCGCAGCUAACGUCUACGCUGCAAAAACUCUCGGAACGGAAUUGUAUUGAAAUAGUGACCUUGCUGCUUGAAAAGCAGCUGCUGGAUGUUGUUUUUACGAAUGAUGGAAAAGAGUAUAUAACACCCGACCAUCUUGAACGUGAAAUACAAGAUGAACUUUAUGCAAAUGGAGGUCGUGCCAAUCUUGUGGAGGUCAGCAAAACUCUUAAUGUGGAUCUAUCGCGGAUUGAAACACUGGCAGAGCGCAUUGCAGCAGAGGAUCCACAGAUCCAUCUGAUGCUAGGACAGCUAAUCGAUGAAGACUACAUCACGCACAUUGCGCAGGAGAUCAACGAAAAAUUGGCGCAACGUGGCGAAAUUUCCAUAUCGGACUUAACAUCCCAGUUUGAUUUGCCCUCGGAGUUUCUGCAGCAUAAUGUUAUGGAGAAGCAUUUGGGAAAGCUCAUUAAGGGUCGCCAGGAUACCACCAAUCCGCGUGUAUUCUUUACCCAAGCGUACAUUCAACGCUGUAAAGCGAAGAUACGCGGCGCACUCGCGGCAAUCAGCAAGCCCACGAAUGUAUCUAUAAUACUGCAGCAGAUCAAUGUGCAAGAAAAGAUCUUUCACUCGUUGCUUGAUGAGAUCCUACCCGCUGGUCAGGUGACAUCAAAGCAGGCCAACGCACAAUAUGUGCCUCAUAUUUAUGCAAAGACGCAGGCCGAGUGGGUCAACUCGUUCUACAAACAGAACAGCUUUCUGGAAUAUGAGGCUAUCAACAAGUUGGGUAUAUCCGAUGCCAAAGCCUACAUUCGCAAACAGUUCCCCAACGAGCAGUUCCUAUUCCUCAAACGUGUGGCACUCGGUGCACAUAUAAUUGAGCUUACGGUUGUAGCAGCUUUAAAUGAAUGCAGUGCAACAAAGCAAUAUCUUGAUUUAGCUACCAUAUUGCCAUCGAAUUUGUCGGAGGAUGACAUUGAGGAAGCCUUCGACGCUGUGAUGGCCCAAAAGCAAUGCAAUCCGAGUCAUUUUGUUUUCCUGGAGAGCAUAGUCUUCUCUCAGGCAUAUCUUACGCAAUUAAUACAACCUUGUCAGGACAUGGCCCACGGCCUGGCCAAAGCAGCCAUCGACAACGGUGUGUAUCAGCAAUAUAUAGUGGAAAAGACGCUGGCGCAAAAAGGUAGCGCUUCGGGAGCCACCUAUGAUGCGGAUGAUGAUGGCAAAGUGGAUAAGCGCGAUGAGCGUCGGAAAAAAGCCGCUUCUGGCAAGGCAGGUGGUGGUGCGCAAGGCAGAGAGACGAAAACAAAAUCAACCAAGAAACAUCAGCGUGGCCGUGCGGCUGCUCACAAUCAUGACAGCGAGGAUGAUGAGGAGACAUCACAACAAUCAACAGGCAGUUCGCGGAAGUCCGUUAGGGCAUUAGAAUUGGUCAAGAAUUCAGAUAUCAUAAAUCUAAUCAAGACCGCGCUAGAGGAGGAGGGACUCGAGCAUCUGGCCAAGCCAAUUGCAGCACUUUACGUUAACCAAUUGAAUCAGGCGGCUUUAAUUAAGGCGCAAGAGCUGUAUGAGGCAACACCGCAAACGAAUCGACGCCAGACACAUGCUGCCAUUCAAGAACGAGUAAACACGCUGCUGGUGGACAUACGCCUCUAUGAGAAGGGUAUAAAGCUAUUCCAUAUGGAGACGCAGUCGCAAUUGGUCAAGUAUUUGCUCAAAUCUCUAGGGAACGAAAUUUGCAAUGAGCUGACCCUCUAUGUGGCAGCCGAAUGCAGUCUGUCGGUCAAAUCGACCAAUCUAAACGUCGAUCAACGCAUUAAACUAAUACAAGAGUGUGAUGCACAGUACCGCAACGCUUUACUUGAACAAAACAAAGCCCUAAACAAGAACAUUGAGGACUUCGAGCUCGCUACGGAGGCGGUGCUAAAAGCCUGCAGUAUGAUCGUAAAAAAGGCUGAUAAGAAAAAGGAUCGCGCUCUUAUUAUCAGUCACAAAGAGAAGCUCAUGCAGCAGCUUUUAGAAUGUCAUGAACCCGCUCUUUUACUUCAUCUAGCAGCUCUAAUACUCUUCACCACAAUCACAGGCUGCAUUCUGCAUGCGUCCGGCAAAUUCGUUUCGACCAUCCUGCAGCACAUUCGAGCUACUCUAAAUGAGUCACAAAACGCGCUCCUCCUGCGUUAUCAUGAUCUUGUUCUGCAAAUGCUGCAACAAGCAACGCCUGACAGUCAGGAAUUCAAGUCUCUUAACGAACAAUUGCAAACAUUACAAGGGGAGGUUGUGGACCUCGCUCAGAACUAUUCCCGAGCAUCCGUAUCCAAGGCUGAAUAACCUUUUAUUCAAUAAACUAAUAGACCCCGGGAAUCCACUCUGGAUAAAUGUUCAAAUUGAAU